GUAAUAAGUACGAAACAAAAUCGCCAUAUUGAUAAUCGGCGUGGAAAAUGGCUGACGAAGAAAAUCAACCGGAGCAAGAAGUCCAGGAACGUGUGGAUUCUGGAGAUAAUAAGUCAAAGGACGACUAUGAGGUCAAAAUAAACAGAUACCCAACAGGUCCUCCCAGGGGGAGAGGCUUUCCACCAAGGGGUCCUAAUUUUGGAUUCAGAGGCCCUCCUCCUCCAGGGUUCAGAGGGCCACCAGGACCACCGGGUAGAUUCAGAGGUCCACCGCCACCUGGAUUCAGAGGUCCCCCUCCUCCAGGAUUCAGAGGUCCCCCUCCACCUGGGAUGAGAGGUCCGCCUAGGGGCCCACCACCUUUUGGCCCCAUGAGGCCACCAUUCGAUCCAAACUGGGGUGGGCCACCAGGCCCUCCUCCCCCAGGCAUGGGCCCUCCACCAGGAAUGGGACCACCCCCAGGCAUGCCUCCUCCUCCAGGAAUGGGGCCCCCUCCAGGAAUGGGGCCACCACCUGGUAUGCCUCCAAGAGGUCCACCCCCAGGAGGUCCCCCAGGGAUGCCCAUACCACCUCCAAAUUUCUCUGUGCCACCCCCAGGCUAUUCAGGUCCACCCCCAACAUCAGGGGCAUCUGAAUCCUCAUCUCCCCAAGAACUUCUCAAUGGCAAUCAAGAACUUUGGGUUGAAAAUAAAACCCCAGAGGGCAAGAACUAUUUUUACAAUGCAAAGACACGAGAGUCAGCAUGGACAAGACCCGAGGGUGUUAAGGUGAUAACCCAGAGUGAGGUUGAGUCAAUGGCAGCACAGCAGGCCCAACAGGCAGCUAAUGCCACUAACACACA